GGGGCAUCAGACAGUGGUGCGUAUAAAAUUAAAAGUGGCUUCUUGAGUUCAAGUUCAGUCGUCGUGAGCUGUAGAUACACUCAUCCCACCGGGAACUCAUCGGGAAGUUUAUUCGGGAGAAGCUGACAGCCAUGUUUCUGUACAUUUGUGGUUUGGUGGUCCUGUAUUACAUUGUGAGAUGGUACCGGGAGCGUGAAAGAGUUCCAGACAGAGGGAAUAAGUACGUUUUCAUCACGGGGUGUGACUCUGGCUUUGGAAAGCUCCUCACAAGCCAUCUGGAUAAGUGCGGAUUCUGCGUUGUGGCAGCGUGCUUGACGGAGAAGGGAGAGGAGGAGCUGAAAAAGUCUUGUUCGUCUCGGUUGUCUACCGUGCAUCUCAAUGUCACAAAGUCUGAGAGCAUUGAUAAAGCAUUUGCUUUUAUCAAGAACCUGGUUGGAGAGAAGGGUUUAUGGGCUUUGGUGAAUAAUGCUGGUGUAGCUCUACCAUCGGGCCCUGAUGAUUGGCUGACACUGCAAGACUAUGAGAUCAUGCUGGAUGUCAACCUUAAUGGGGUCAUCGGUGUGACCCUCAGCGUCCUGCCGCUCAUCAAAAAGGCCAGAGGUCGCGUGGUUAACGUCGCAAGCGUGUUCGGAAGAAUAAGUCCUUUCGGUGGCCCAUAUUCUGUGUCGAAAUAUGGCGUGGAAGCUUUUAAUGACACUCUCAGGAGGACCUUGUAUUACUUUGGUGUGAAGGUUCUGUGCAUUGAACCAGGAUUCUUCAAAACCAACGUGACGGAUGUUGACCUACAUAUCAGAAAUGUGAGGCAGCUUUGGGAAAAGAUACCAGAGGAGACCAAAGAGGAAUAUGGACAUGAUUAUGUUGAUAAAGUGGAAAACGUGAUGAAAGAGAAAUUCUCCAAAAUGCCAGACGGCAAUCUGAUGAAGGUGGUGAGCUGUAUGGAGCACGCCGUCUCUGCUGUCCGUCCACGUACCCGUUAUUCCCCGGGGUGGGAUGCUAAGUUUUUCUGGCUGCCGCUCUCUUACCUCCCCACUUGCAUCUCUGACUACCUGCUGCUCAAAGAUGCUGUUAGACCAGCCAAAUGUGUGAUGUGAACAUCCUUGAGGCCAUUAGCAACGUGGACUGUUGUGCUAUAUCAUAUCCAUGCAUAGAUGUUGGAGGCUUUUGCAAUGGCACUCUUGGCAUAACUGGCACAAAGUCUUCUUAUGUAAAACAUUAAUGGAUAUAAAUAUCAGUAGAGGCACCCUUUCUUUUGACUUCAUGCCGUUGGGAUUACUCCCUCUUACAAGCAAAUUUAAACUGUUUGAUUUGAUAAUGCACCAAAAUCCAUUAUAAAUCUAAACAGUUUUUGGCUAUUAUCACUUAACUCAAAUUUCACACAGUAGUAAACAAAGGGUUAAGGCAACAACAAGUCCAUAUCACAGCCAAUAGUGUCACAGACUAAAGGUCAAAUAAAUCAAGAUGUCAAGGUUUAGUUGAUGCAAGCCUGUGGCCUUGACUUGUUGAUAUGAGAUCAUGAUGAAAUGCUUCACGUAAAGGUUUUUUCAGUGUUUGUGGGAAGAAAAAAGCUUUCUGAUAUUUUUUAAGUGAUUAUUGGCCAAUCGGAAUGGGUCCUGCGAACCCUUUGCUUACCAUUUGUAAAAUGUAAAAUAAAGGAGACGUUGAUGUCUUUAAACACCAAUGCUGGUGAUUUGAUCUUU